AUGCCUACAACUGAUAAUGGCAGUGUCCCACUGCCGCCUCCAGGCCUGUUCAUCACCGGUCUAGGAUCACAAUAUCCUCCUUAUCUCCUAGUCCCGGAAAAGUUGGCCUGUUUCGCCGAACGCUUUUACGAUGUCCAACGUCCUGGGCUUAGGAAGCUGCUUCAAAUUAAUGCUUCAACGGGUAUAGAAACCCGCGCUUCCAUCCAGACCUUUGAGACCGGAUUUGCAUGCGAAUCCAUCCCUCCUUCAAUCGCCGACCUUGACCAGCUAUUUCGCCAAGAUGGGGUUGAUCUAACAGUGCAAGCCUGUGGAAAAGCUAUAGUGGAGUCACAGGUUACGGCAAAGCAAAUAACUCACACUAUAGCCGUAACAUGUAUGAACCAGGGGAACCCUGGCUACGACCUUCUAGUGAAUCGGAAAUUAAGUCUGUCGGAGGUAACUGACCGCACGCUGCUCCACGGGGUUGGAUGUGCCGGCGGGCUGUCCAUAAUGCGAGCGGCCGCUCAAAUCGCAUGCGGAGCUACUCUGCGUGGAAGGCCGGCAUGCAUCCUAGCAUAUGCCUGCGAGCUCUCUGGAGCGCUGUUCUCUGAUGCCGCGGCAGCGUUUGUCCUAUGCAAUAAGUUAGCAUUGAAAGAGAUAGAAGCAGCACCGCUUUUUGAAUUGAUAGAAUGGGAUAGUGCCUUGAUUCCGAAUACCAUACAGCAUUUGGCAUGUUAUACAGAUCCCCAUGGUUUUCGUAGUGUCUUGACACGAGAGGUUCCAAAGUACGUUAUAGGGGCUGUCGGCCCGAUGUUCGAUACGCUGUUGCCAUUAUAUGAACGACAGGUCUUGCCAGCAGGCGGACAUCUUGGAGUAGCCGAUUUUGACUGGGCGGUACAUCCUGGUGGGAAGAUCCUCAUUGAAGGGGUUGAAGGGACGAUGAAGUUGGACGAAAACCAGCUUCGGGCGAGCCGAGAAAUAUAUAAAACCCGCGGAAACUCUUCGAGCCCGACCGUGCUAUCGGUGCUCGACAAGCUCCGGACAUACAGGAGAGAACGAGAUCAUGUUGUUGCAACAUCCUUUGGACCAGGACUGGUGAUUGAAAUGGCGUUGCUGAAACGUUGUGACGUUGCGGAUAAAAAAAGCCAGGAUGCCUGCUGA